GACCAAGUGAAUUGAGGAGAUCUGUGAAGGCAUUAAUUAUCAAUUAUCGAUUGCAGUAUCUACGCUCGACCCUUACACUGCCCCCGUCUUCCCCUCACCCUCGCCGCCACCCGCCCGCCGGUCCCUCGGUCCCCUCCAUUCACCACACCACCACCACCAAUAUCGCAUUUAUCGCAUUAUUUAUUUAUCUACGCAUUGUGAUAUAUCGUGCCUCUUUUUUAUUGCCUCGGUUGCUAUUUUCCAAAAUACUAUUAUUUGUUUACCGGUCAACUAUUAAGUGAGAAAAAAAAUAGCAUCUGAAAGAAAGAACUGGUUGAAGGCAACAGCGGGUUGGCUUGUGUUUUUCCUCCUGCCUGUCUUGCUAUUCGAGCCGUCCCGGUGUGCUGGGGGACUUGUCGCACUCCACCAUAUCCCUCCAGCCUCUCCACCAUUUCGGCGCAAAUCAGCGAUUCACGAACCUCCCUUUUCCCUCAACCAACUGCUCCUCUUUUUCCCCAUAAUCUUAGGCCACCAGAAAAACCCCCCUCCAUCCCCGGCGACAACAUAACAUAUCCCCCCAACAAACAACCGCCCGCCGAACAAAACCAAUAACCCUUCCGUCUUUGCCCCCCGCUCCCAAUUAGGUACCGUUGUGAGCUCUCUCGACGGUCGGCGACGCUCCAUUCCCCGAUGUCCUAGAGUCCUUGAAGGCGACCGCCAUCGAAUCAGCGCGAAUCGCCCGCACAACGUCUACCCGCCCGAGCCUCCAGACGGACCAGUCACAUUUCCGUAUCGCACUCCCUCCAUCUCAAUCGACCGCUCUCCCCGCGAACAAAAACCUCGCAACUGGACCCCUUUGAACUGAACAUCCUCGUACCCUGACUCGAAACUUCGCAAAACCUCCCCGCCCGCCCAGCCCAGCGCUGCUCCCGCCGCUCCGCACCGCACUGGCUCUGCUGCUGCGACGAGCGUGCGCGCACGAAACAUCCGCCUCCCGCGAGAUUGCACACAUUCAAUCCCCACGCUCGCUCCCGCCCCCCUCCGCCAAACCCCUCAACUCAACACCGGCAUCAGCACGAUGCUCAUGACGCAGACGCCACAGCCAGCACCAUUCUCGAGCCAACGACACGCCGCCGACGACGCUUCCCACACGACUGGCAGAGCCGUCGCAUUUCCCUCCUCCUCGGGCCACCACGCCAACUUCGCGGGGUCACAAGCAGCACACCAGUCUGCGUACCGCCGCAACUCGCCCACACACCACGCAUACUCCGGCGCCGCGGCCAACGCCGCUCCCCAACAACAACAACAACAGCAGCAACAGUCCGUCAUGUAUGUGCGGGCGCUGUACGACUAUGAGGCGGAUGACCGGACGAGCCUGAGUUUUCACGAGGGCGAUGUCAUUCAGGUCAUCACGCAGCUCGAGAGCGGGUGGUGGGAUGGGGUUAUUAAUGGGGUGCGUGGCUGGUUCCCCAGUAACUACUGCCAGGUGCUUUCGAAUCCCGAAGACGUGCUCGAGGACCGCCACCACGAUGAUGGAGAGGACGAUGACCUCGAUGGCGACGAGAUGUACGAUGAUCAGUACGGACCGCUCGACGACGGCGGCGAGGCUGACCGCGAUCACACCGCGCAGCAGCUGCCUAUUGAGGGCUUCGCGAGCAGCGGUGGGGAUAAUAAUAACAACCAUAAUAGCAAGGCGCGAGCGGACUUUUGGAUUCCCCAGGCGACGCCGGAUGGAAGGCUGUUCUACUACAAUACGAUGACGGGGGAGAGCAGCAUGGAGUUGCCGCUGGAGAGUCCCUCGUCGGCGACGGAGAAUGGGCCGCGCGAUCGCAUGAAUGUCGCGCUCCCGGAGAGGACGAGGCCGCCGCAGGAGAUGAUGGCGCAGGGCGCGUUUAUGGAGGAGGAGGAGUAUGAGUCGGAGGGGAACUCGGCGUCGGAGUUGGAUGGGGAGUCGAUUAUGAGGACUUCUACGGGGUCUUUGCCCCGAAAGCGGAGGUCUUAUGGCUCGGAGGGGAUAUCACCGGCGAUGUCUAUGGAAUCGAUUAACGGCGCAUUACCGAACGCACAGCAACGGAGUGAUCAGUUUUAUACCUCGAAUAUGUUUGGGAACUCUUCGUCGAGUGUGCUGCCAGUGGCUGGCGCAUCGACAACCUCUUUCACGAGCCCGACGGGCGGCCCAGUACAGGCAGCGAAUGUGCCUCGAUCCUUCUUCGAUGACGGCGUGGCAGCUCCUUUGACAUGGAACAGGCUCGUUGUCAACAUGAAGCUUGCUGUCAACCAGUACAAGGAAGCUAUUAAUAAUGGACAACGAUCAGAGUACGUCCGCAGGGCAGAGGAUAUCUCGGAUCACCUGCGACUUCUCCUGGCUGCGGGGUCUGGCACAACGGAUAACCAUUCUGGCCAGCCUUCUAUUAUAUCUACAAAUAAGGCCUUAUACCCCCAUUUCAGGGAUAUGAUGUCGAAAUUCUCAAAGCUUGUUAUCUCUUCCCAUAUCGCUGCUGCGGACUACCCAACACCGGAGUCGUAUCAGAAGUGUCUGCAAGAAGCAGAUGGUGUUUUACAGGGUGUCUUCAGCUACGUGGAGGUGGCGAGGCAGCAACGCGGAGAGGAUAUCCCAAGGCUAUUCCCCGGUUUUGUCAUCGGUAGCGCGGCAGGAGGGAGUUGGCAGAAUAACGGUCUGGGCUCGCGGGAUCCAAUGACAUCGAACUUCCUGGACGAGGAUGAAGCCGCCCUGGAGCCAACAGCUACCCUCGAUGCCAAACUCCUGGAGCGGAUGGACGACCUGAAGCGCGGGCUUAUCUCCAGCAUCCGCAAGCUCGAGGAGCACCUCGUCGUCACAGAGAAGAUCAUCACGCCCUACAGACACGAACUCAUCGGCAACGCCAUCUGCGCCGCCGCCGGCAAAGUCCUCGAGAUGUUCAGGCCCUUCGUCUCAACCAUCGAAUCCAUCAACCUCUCCUCCCUCGGAACCGGGUUCCAGAACCCGCAAUUACUGGAUUUCACCACAUACAAGCAAAAUCUCUACGACAACAUCUCCGACCUCGUCCUCGGGUGCCAAGCCGUCGCUGGGCCCCUUGGAGACGAGUGGGCGGAGGUCCGCGGGGAGAGUCUGGAAGAUAGAAUUACUUAUGUGCGCAACAGCACGCGCCAGCUCGAGACGAACGCUUCGCAUAUCGGGUUCUCGCUCCAGCUCCUAGGUGAACAAGUACAAUCGACGCUCCAGGACGAUCUGCGGCCGCAGAGCCAGCGUCGCGUAGACAGCCAGGGAGGCUACGAUAGGAUCCAUCAGCGUACCGAGUCGCGCCAGACGCCUAAUCCACCCCGUGGACCCCCCAUCGCGCCACAGCCACCGCCAGCUGACCCGAUCGACCCAGCUUCGGGCAACUACCGUAUGGGCGAUAACUCCAAGGUCAAGAAGUUCUUUGGUGAGGAACCGGCACCUCCUCCGUCUGCAAUCGUCAGGCCGAGGGAGGUGGACGAGACGCCUGAUUUCCUGGCGUUGGAUUACGAGCAAGACCUCCUUUAUGAUACGAAACUACAACCACCGGCACUAAAGGGUGGAACGCUCCUCGCGCUCGUGGAACAGCUGACUCGUCACGAUAAGUUGGAUUCCAGCUUCAAUGGCACAUUCCUCCUUACCUACCGCUCCUUCACCUCCGCCCGCGAACUCUUCGAGCACCUCGUCAAGAGAUUCCAGAUCCAACCCCCCGAGGGCCUCGCCCAAGCCGACUUCGACACCUGGAGAGAUAGGAAGCAGAAGCCCAUCCGCUUCCGUGUUGUUAAUAUCUUGAAGAGUUGGUUCGAUAACUUCUGGAUGGAGGAUCAGAGUAAGGAGACUAUGCAGCUUAUUUCUGACGUCUACACCUUCGCUCGCGACACCGUCAAGACGACUGAGACGAUGGGUUCCGGGCCUCUCAUGGUUGUCCUCGAGCAGCGGCUGCGCGGCCAGGAUGCACCAGCCAAGCGCUUGGUGUUGACAAUGAACCAAUCCACACCCGCGCCAAUCAUGCCGAAGAACAUGCGCAAGCUCAAGUUCCUCGACAUCGACGUCACGGAGUUCGCUAGACAGCUGACAAUCAUCGAGUCAAAGCUGUAUGGACGCAUCAAGCCCACCGAGUGUCUGAAUAAGACUUGGCAGAAGAAGGUCGGGGAGGGAGACCCGGAGCCGGCGCCGAAUGUGAAGUUGUUGAUUUUGCACUCGAAUCAGUUGACGAAUUGGGUGGCGGAGAUGAUUUUGACGCAGCAGGAUGUGAAGAAGAGGGUUGUGGUGGUGAAGCAUUUUGUUUCUGUGGCUGAUAAAUGCCGCGGACUAAAUAACUACUCAACCCUAACAUCCAUCAUCUCCGCCCUGGGCACAGCACCCAUCCAUCGCCUGAAGCGCACCUGGGAUCAGAUCCCGGCGCGCACCAUCACGGUGCUCGAGCAGAUGCGUAAGCUGAUGGGGAGUACCAAGAACUUUGGCGAGUACCGCGAGAGCCUGCAUCUUGCGAACCCGCCGUGUAUUCCGUUUUUCGGCGUCUACCUAACAGACCUAACCUUCAUCGAAGACGGCAUCCCCUCCAUCAUCAAGAAAUCCGCCCUCAUCAACUUCGCCAAGCGCGCAAAGACCGCAGAAGUCAUCAGAGAUAUCCAGCAAUACCAGAACGUGCCCUACCCUCUCCAGGCCGUGCCGGAGCUGCAGGAGUAUAUUUUGAGUAAUAUGCAGGCCGCCGGGGAUGUGCAUGAGAUGUAUGAGAGGUCUCUGCAGGUUGAGCCGAGGGAGAGGGAGGAUGAGAAGAUUGUUAGGGUGCUUGCUGAGAGUGGAUUUCUGUGAUCGGCCAACGAAGGUGUUGCGAUACUAUGACGUGCCGCGGGGGGUGUUGCGGCGAGGAAAUCAAGGUCGCUGCUGGGAAUACCAGCGACCACGACAAAUACCACGGCACGAGAUCCAGCCAGUGGGCGGCACAACUACGGACCUCCUCCCACACAGACCGUGUUGCCAUACACGGUCAUGUGCUACUAACUAUUAUAUAUAUGUCUGCAACCACGCAGACGUAUCUACACAACGCAACCAAGCAAAUGGCCGGCUGCUUUCUACGCUUUUCACGAGAAAAACGUAUAUAUAUAUGACGCACAAACGAAUCAUCUGCGAAUACGCUAUUUAUUCAUCUAUUUAUCUACCAUCUUAUCAUCUAUCUACCAUCUACCAUUUAUCUUCAUCUACCUACCUAUCUAUCGUAUAAGAUAUCCGAAUUGUGCGCGUUUCUUGAAGAGGGGAGAGCAGGAAAGGGCGGUGGAGAUGAUAAGAGGGAGAGAGGAGGUUGUCUGGAAGGAAGGAAGCGUGCAUGGGUGUAUGCGUGGCGAUAGAUCGAAUUCAUUUUUUGAUGGAGGGAGGAGGAUAGUUUGGUUUCGGUUUUAGAAUAGGGUGCGGGUCGUUUUUGGCGUGGGAUUUUGGGGCACAUCUUAUGGAUAUUGGGAAUUUUAUAUUCAUUUUUGAAGACCUGUAUUUUUUCUCGCAAACUGUGAUUCGGCUUAUAAGAAUAAGUAUACACAAACAACCUAGGCAUUUUCCACGUAAUAAUAAUGAAAGCACACUUGAU